AUGGGAAUUCUGUUCGCCAAAUUGUGGAGCCUUUUCCGUGACGAAGAGCAUAAGAUUUUAAUCGUUGGACUAGACAAUGCCGGGAAAACUACAAUUCUAUAUCAGUUUCUGCUGAAUGAAGUUGUCCACACGUCGCCCACGAUAGGCUCAAAUGUGGAAGAAGUAAUAUGGAAAAACAUUCACUUUCUCAUGUGGGAUCUCGGAGGACAGGAGUCUCUGCGUGCAUCUUGGAACACGUACUACACGAAUACUGAAUUCGUCAUACUCGUCGUCGACUCCACAGAUCGGGAACGUGUCUCCGUGGCGCGUUCAGAACUAUACAACAUGCUUGCCCAAGAUGAAUUGAAGAAGUCGGGUGUUCUAAUAUUCGCCAACAAACAAGAUGUUAAGGGUUCGAUGUCGGCUGCUGAAAUUUCGAGGCACCUGAAUUUGACCUCAAUUAAAACGCAUCGAUGGCAAAUCCAGUCGUGCUGUGCUCUCACUGGAGAAGGGCUUUACCAAGGACUGGAGUGGAUUGCCAAUAACUUGAAGCGGUCCUGA